GUGGACGAACGGACCCAUGCGGUUUGUUCGGCCUCCGGUCCUCGCCCUCUGUUUCCAUCGUCUCCCGCCCGCCAUCGCCAACCGUGUCUGAUUGGUCGCCGGUAGCAUAAUAAUUCCCUAGUAUAUAUAUUGCGUCUGAUCUCCCGAGGAAAGCGAGGGGGCUGCGCGCGGCUGGCCAGACGAGUGUAACAGAAUUAGGUAGCGUUGCGUCUCGGGUUUCAGCUCAGCCUCAGGCUCCUCGCGUGACGAUCGAUGGAGAAGGGCGGCGGCAGGGGGCUGCCCUGCCGGCCCGCGGUCUGCGGCAUCGUCGUCCUGCUCUGCGCCACCGCCUUCUCCUGCUCCCUCGCCGCCGAAUUCCGCAGAGUCAAGGAUAAGGACAUGAAGCUGGACGGCAGCCUCUGCUCCCUGCCCAAGAGCCCCGCCUUCGAGCUCGGCGUCGCCGCCAUCGCCUUCCUCACCGUCGCGCAGCUCGUCGGCACCACCGCGGCGGCCACCACCAUGCGCGCCUCCACCUGCUCCAAGCCCGGCAAGCCCGCGGUCACCAGAGGCCGCGCCGCGUCCGUCGCGCUACUGGUCCUCUCAUGGCUGUGCUUCGCGCUGGCCGUGGUCCUGCUGGCGACGGCGGCGAGCAUGAACAGCGGGCAGCGCUACGGCCGGGGCUGGAUGGACGGCGACUGCUACGUCGCCAGGACGGGCGUCUUCGGCGGCGCCGCCGCGCUCGUCGUCGUCACGGCGCUCCUCAUCCUCGGCCUCACCUUCGUCACCAAACCGGCGCCGGCUGGCAUCUCGACGAUGGCCGCCAGGUCGUGCGCCAGAGGAGACACCGCCUGCACAGCUACCAUUCGUGUCGGCGCGGCAACGGGUGCGGACGCGGAACAUCCGGGCGGGCGAUCCAGGCAAUGAUCGACGCUGGCAUCGCGCGCCGGAUCGGACGCGGGGGCGGGUUUGGCCAAUCGGUGGAGAGAUCGAUGGUACUACGCUUCGCUGUUCGUACCGCAAAGGCCAAAAGGGUAGUAAGCAGUGGGGUAUCUCGCUCGGCUGGCAAAGCAAAGAAAAAGCAGCCAGACGGAUAAACGAUAUACUGGAGUAGAUUGGAUUUAGAUAUUUUGAGCUGGGACACAGUACAUACAUCACUGACACACUUUAGUGACACGGCCGUGCAAAUUGUAAAUGAUACCGAAUCGGCGCAAGUCAAAGGAAGAAAAGAAAACAUGGUACUACAGAAA